UUUGACAGGGAUUGCUUCGAUUGCUUACUCCUUUGACUUUGCUUCCAGCACUUUCAACCAAUGAUCGACCUUGUUUAUAUUUUGAUUGCAUUUUGUGACGUAAGGCCGCUGAAUCCUAAUUCGUUGAUACUUCAAAUUAUAAAUAUCAAUCAAAAAAAAAAUUCUGUGAAGGCCAAUUAAAAUUUUUUUUUUAAAAAAAAAAAAAAUCGGUUUUAGUUGCAUUUUUACCGGAUACACAGCUAACUCAACAAAUAAACUUUGGCCUUUCAGUUUUCUUCUCUUUUAGUGGUAUUCUGGUGUACGUGUGUGUAAUCCAUUGAACUAACUUUCAUACAAUGACCAUACACUGCUUCUUCGUCACCCUGCUACCCUGCUAUUCGUGCCCAAAUAAAAAACAAACCAAUCGGACUUCUACGGAUAGAUCUAGAUCGAGUUCCGAAUGAAAGAAGUGGGCGAACAAAGACGCCCCUGUUGGUCGGUCAUGAUUGCGAGCCCAUAGACCAGGCUGGCAUUUUCAUGGCCUACUUGGGGUGCACCCGCCCACUCACUCAUUGGUUUCACUCUAUUUUUCAUAUAACAGAUCCACAUUUACUUAACCCCGCCACAGCUUUCCCUGCUCUGUCUAUUUGCUGCCGUGUCGUGCGACCAAGUGGGAGUGAUCGUUGAUGCUCAGCAGUCGCAGGUCGCCAUUUCGGGUGAAUUAGGGAGAAAAUGGUUGACAGAUUAGGGAUCGAUCUCGCUCACGAACUCAUUGACCUCUUACCCAACAGUCCUAACCUCGGCCGCCAGAGCAGGGGUGAAUGCGGGUGAGGCCUGGCUGGUACUGACAGACUCUCGCUUGGAUCAGCCAUGGACCCAUCCACCGUCAGAUCCAUGAAGCCCGUCCCAUUGUCGCCCGAAGCUCAGGCGGGUCUGGCUGCCUUCUCCUUGUGGGAUAUCCUUUACGGUCGAGCGCUCAUCAAGCCUUGGUCAUCGGACGGUCCAUCAGCUAAACCCUUGUGCGGGUUGGAACGCAUCCUGCGCGAGAUGGAGAAUUUGGUGCGACUCACCCGGGCGCUCGUCAUGGACCUCGUCGUUCCAUCCAUGGAUCAGGACACUAAACUCCCUCCCAGCGCACAUCUGAAGCUACCCGAGAGUCUAGCUCGAGCCUGGGGAUUCCCCACCACCCGUCUCCCGCGAUAUCAAUUCCGUAGUCCAGCCACUGUUAGCUCGUCUCUGCCCUGGUUCCCAGAUCUGAAUCAACUUCUACCCCACCGGGUGGUUCAUCCCCCUGAUUCGGAAGUCGAUGUGACCCGAGAAUUUGCCUUGCCCGGGACCACCAUAACUAAAGUCACAUCCCGAUGGCCGCACACCCACGCCAAUCUAAGCCCACAACCUCUGGGAGAUCAGGUCGACGAGUGGAUUGAUCGAGCCAAUCCAUCUUCCCUCGAUUUAUCUGGACAACACCAGGAGAACGAUAUCGUUUUCAAUGGGACCAGUGACCCCAUCGAGCGCACCGUCGAACUCAUUCUCAGCCGUGCUGAGCCUGAUUUAUCCCCAGUUCAGCCAACAUCUACUGUGAAAACGGCUCUGGAGGAAAUGGAUGAAAUGGACUCGCCCGUCCAGGCCAACUCUUCCCCGGAUUCACCCUCGCCAUCGAUUGAUUUGCCUGAUGUACGGAUUCGUUCAACGUCAUCGGACAAAUCGUUAGGAUUGACCCCGGAGUCAGCUCCAGUGAGUCGUAACACUCAAAGACAUCGAGAUUGGUUUGCUUGUCCCAAGUGUAAAACCUUUGUGGGUAACUUGAAGUUGCACCUAAAAGUAUGCAACGGCAUCAAGAGCCGGCGAUUGCGGUAUCACUUUGAAGGCAGCAAGUACUAUUGCCGAGAGGCCGAUUGUACCGAUCUCGAAAACACCGCCUAUAACACGUUCUGGCAAUUCGAAAACCAUUGCAAGAGUGAGCACCUCACUCCCGAAGAUUACCAACACGAAUGUCCAACGUGUCACAAAAAGUUCUAUAACCGCAUGAAGUUAGUCAAACAUCGUUCAAAUAAUCACCGGAUCUUGCAUGCCUCCAGCUCUAAUGCCAAGCUUUCCACCCAAGGGAAGCUGAUCCCGGAUUCUCUCCACACGUGUCAGAUUUGUGGCAUGAAAUUCCGUCAAGCACCGUCAAUGAAACGCCACAUCAAUCGGAAGCAUCCUGAGAUUGCCGACAAACCGAAAUAUUGCUGCGAUUUCUGUGGCAAAGGCUAUCUCGUCGAGGCCCAUUUGCAACGUCACCUGGAACGGCUUCACUACAACCCGGUAGAGUUUAAAAAGGAGAGUCAGACUUGUCAUCGAUGCGGCUACACGAAUCCCUAUUCCGAAUCGCAGAAGUUCUAUCGUCAUGUCAAGUUCAAUUGUCCGAUGCUGGACGGCAAUCAGUGUCAAUGUCCCAUUUGUGGAGCUCGAUUACGGUAUUCUACCGGACUAAGGACGCAUAUCCGGGAAGUACACAGACUAGACGCCAACGAGGUAUUAGGCACGCCCAGGCGGGCCAAUUCAUCGGCUGUGCCCAAGCCCAAGAGUAAAUAGUUCAUACUAUUCAGUCCCCUUCCCAUGAACAUGAAAAUUUACAUACGUCAAUGUCAAUAUGUCAUAUACUUAUUAGUCAAAUGUGAUUAUGAUGAUACCAACAAUGAAUUCAUCUUUGAAACGUAGAUCAUUCCUUGAUGCAAAAUAAUUGUUAUAACUGCGCAGUCAAAUCAUUCUGUUAUUCAUUCCUCUGUUGAGACUUCUUUUCCACCUUGGUCCUAAGUUAUUAAAUUAUGUCUCGUCGUUUUAGUCA